AUGAGCGGCCCCCCUCCGCCGCCUCCGCCUCAUGGCGGAGUGCCAAAGGGUACUGGCCUACCUCCGGGCAAAUAUGACAUUUUUGUCAUUCCUGAGCAUUCCUCCGGAGGCGGGUUCUUAUACUUGCCGUCUAUGCAACCCAAUGUAAACAGCUUCGCCGCUGGGUUUGCUUCGGCCCUGAUACUCGUCGUCCUUGGCCAGACUUUGGCUCCCGCUUUCCGAACUUGGUGGGAAACCUUCCAUGGCUUAGGAAAUGUGGCAAUGGGAAUGUUAGUUGUUGGUGUCGGUUUCGGAGCAUGGGCCCUUGGUCGUUUCCAGAAUCAAGUCCCGGGCGGUGCUGGUGGUCCAGGUGGUAGUGGUUCAGGCGGUUCCGGUCGAGGUUAUGGAGGAGCAUGGAGCUCGGGUUUCCGAUCAGCAAACGCUGGGGGACCUCCUCCCCCUCCUCAUGGAACUCCUCCUCCACCUCCUCCCCAUCAUGACACCCCUCCCAGGCCCCCGCCUCAUAGUGGUCCCAGAACGUCCUGGCAAGGAUCACCGCCAUCAGAUUCUACCGCGCGGCCUCACCCGGAGCCUCAGACAGCUGGAGGUGACCCAGAACCACCUCCACGACCGCCUCACCAGACUCGACCUCCAGCGCCACAAACUCCUCCCGAGACGCCUCCGCCGAAGCAGAGAUCCAAGAAGUCGAAGUCGAAGCCGAGAGACUCGUCACCUCUUUCGAAAGCUCGUCAACAGAGUCCACCUCCCAAACCUAAGUCUAGGCCGGUGCCAGAACCCGAAUCAGAGCCUGCGCGUGGCCCUACUCCCGAAUCCAAGGCCGCGAAAGCUGAAGCAGAAAGAAUCGAGGCAGCAAGGGCUGAGGCAGCGAAGGCUGAGGCAUUGAAAGCUGAGGCAAUCAAAGCUGAAGCAGCGAAAGCCGAAGCACUUAGAGCCGAAGCACUGAAAGCCGAAGCACUGAAAGCUGAGGCAGAAAGAAUCGAGGCAGCAAAGGUUGAAGCAUUGAAAGCUGAGGCGUUAAGAGUCGAAGCAGAAAAGGCUGAAGCAAAGAGAGUCGAGGCAGCCAGGCAGAAAAGCUCGUGGGAGAAAGCCCGAGAGGAAAUGAAGAAAAAGGAAGAGGAGCGCAGAAUCAAGGAAGCUGAGAAGAAACGACGAGAGGAGGCUGCAAAGCGACUUGCGGAGCUCAGGGCAAAGGACGCUAAAGAGCGACAAGAAAGAGAAAAGGAGCGUGAGCGCAGGGAUCAAGAGGGCAGGGAGAGGAGAGAACGUCUCGAGGCCGAGCAACGUGCCAAUGAUCUUGCAAUCAAGCUGGAGCAUGAACGAAAGGAACGAGAGCGUUUGGAAAAGGAGGCCAAGGAAAUUCGCGAGCGACUGGAAAAGGAAGCCAGGGAAGCUCGUGAGCGAGAAGAACAACGCGAAAAGGAGGCUCGCGAACUUGAAGCCAAGAAGAAGAAGGAAGCUGAGGAGCGCGAAGCAAGACGUAAGAAGUUCGCUGCUGAACGUGAAGCUCUAAGGAAGAAGGAAGCGGAGGAGGCCAAACGACGAGAGGAAGAGAAGCAGAAGAAGGAGCUCGAGAAACAACGCGAACAGGAAAAACUCGAGAAAGAGAAGGCCGAAAAGGAGAGAGCUGAGAAGGAGAAGGCUGAAAAGGAACGACUUGAAAGAGAAACGGCUGCAAAAGAAACUGCAGCCCGGCAACCAAGCAGUUACGCCUACUCGGGCGUUGGUGAGAAGACAAGCAUGUGGCCCAACGGUCGCCCGCCAGCACCCAAGUCGACGACCUCAUCUACUUCCAGGCCUCCUCCCAGCGCAGCUUCCACUCAACGAAAUGCCACUCCCUCUGCCGCCCGGUCUAAUGUCUCUGGCGUUAGCACAGAGAACUCAUACCGGCCAUAUGAUACGCCCAAGCAGCCUAAGCGUAAGAACUCUGUAUCUUCAAUUGGCUCCGAGUCAUCGUGGGCGGCUUCGCAGACUACUGGUCGAACCACGCCACCUGCUUCGAUGCGCGGAGGGCCUUACUCCACCAAGGACCCUGACAAGAUUGUCAUUUCAGGUGUAUACCUGUUCAUGAACCAGUUCUCCAAAACACCCGCCAGUCAGCUCAUCUCGGGUGUUGGAACUGUCACUGACGGUCUUAUCCUCCGUAUAACCACUGAAGGCCUUUUCAUCGAUGACGAUGUGCGAAGUGUCCCACAGAGAGAAUGGGACGUUAAGGCUUGGACCUUGAAACAAGUUGAGACUGGAGAGUGGAAAUCCCAAGGUCUUCACCUGUUGCGGGCCACGGUCCGAGACCAAGAAGGAAAACGGUACCUAUUCGUUAUCGAUGAAUCGGAGUAUUGGAAGGUUACCGUCGGACUCCAGCGUCUCAGACGUGGUACUCAAGUCAGGCAGCUUGCCGUCAGCGGGAUGGCAGCCUCGGAUGCUCGAACAACCCUUGAGAUGCUGGGGUGGGCUUAA